AUGGAUCGUUCAAGUAUAGGAAAUUCAUUGGGGAAAAGUUUGAUAUCUCCGCGGAAACGCAUGUCAAUAGUUCAAUCGUUAAAAAAAAAUAAUUCAACGAUAAGCAUGUCAGGACGUUCAAACCAAUCUGUGCAAAUAAUAUGCAAAACAUCUAAUCAUGUGGUGGAGAGCUUUGGGUCUUCUUUACCUGUACUGGUCACAGAAGCUUUAACAUUCGUAGAUAAAAACACUGCUGUCAGUGUAAAUAUUUCAGUGGAUGGUUGGGCUUGGCUUGUGUGUGGUCGUAGACUACUUGUAUGGCAGUGUAAAACUACCAUUCAUGAUCCAAAGCAAAGAAGGACCUUUAAAAGCCAAUGUCGUGAACUAUUACUGCCUCAAAGUGAUUUAGCUCACAAAGCAGAAUGUAUAGCUGUUUGGUUACCCCAAGGUCACCAAGUACCCAGUUGUAUGGCUGUCUCUCCUGAAGGCAUUGUACGCUUUUGGGCUAGUGUUGCACAUGAAGGAUCUUCUGUGGAAACAAGUGCAGAACUUGCUGGGCAAGAAGUUGGUUGCCUCACUUAUAUUCCUGGUCAUGGUUGUAUUUUAGCCACAACUACAUGUACAGUGGCAUUGUUACAACCACAAUUUGUUGGUGGGAAAAAUAGUGUUACAGUUCAGGUUCUUAGAACAAGUCAAGGAUGGUUGGGGGGCAUAGGACGUAGAAUGACCUCACUCAUCUUUGGAGCUAUACCUCAGUCCCCAGUUACUGAGACGAAAUUAGUAAAAGUCACUUGCACAACUAUAGGAGAUAGAGGAUCAAGAGUUCUCAUUUUAGCUGGUUCAUCUUUACAAUAUUGGUCUUUUCCUCACAAUGAACAGGAAAAAAUGGAAUUUGAUGAAGAUAUUGGAUAUAUUAUUUCACAGACUUUCCAAAGAAAGAUUUGGGAAUCAAGUGCUUGCAAUCCUCUAAACAUGGAAACAUGGUUGAUUGAUAUGCAACCGUGUAAUGAAGGAAUAGUAUUUUUAAUGGCAGCUCAUUGUGCUGAUGCAUUAUUUAUUGAUUUUGCACUUGGUUUGAUAGAGCUGUCUGGUGCAACAUUAGCAAAUACAUUUAAAUGGUUUAUACCUGUUAAAUUUGAUACUAUUAUUUUUUACUAUGAAGAUGUUGAAUUAACUUUGGUUUCUUAUCGUUUUAUAUUAUGUGGUUGGGAGGCCAUUAUAUAUAAUCAGUAUGAAAUACUUGUUGUGGAUUGUACAUCUGAGCAUGAGCAAGAUAAAAUAGAUUUAAUACGUGGAAGAGUAGACAGUAUUCUUGGUGGCGCCUCAUGUUCAGGAACUCCAGUUUUAUUCACUAAAAAUUUCGGAUUAGUUUCCGUCAUGCCAACAGACUUUAUUUCGCAAGAUUUUAAUACAAAUUGUGCUGAUAAUAUCAAUACAAGUAUGGAUUGUAAUUAUCGACCUAAUUUAACUGCACAACAUUUCACUAGUCUUAUUAGUAACGAAGAAGUUCAGGACAUGUUUUAUAGUUCUGAUAGCGCUAAACAAUUGCGCGCUGCGUUUCUUCUUAGUCUACGUCAAAAUAAAGCACAAUGCGAAGAAAUCUUAUCACAUCUUUUUCCUUUGCAAGAAGAACCAGUAAUGGAUAUAGAUGCUAGUCUGGAUAUAUUGGUUUUGAAGGUUGCUAAAGAUUUGGUAGAUGAUUAUCCAGCAAAUGAUCCACGUUGGUCAAAUCAUAGGGAUUUGUCUAUGACAAUAAAUGCAGUUACUUCUAUGCAAAUACCUAAUCAACUAGAAGGGAAGCAGAUAGCAUUGGAUUUAUUUAUAGCAUUUCUAAAGGAACACAAUUUAUGGAACAGAUUUUGUGCCGUUACGUAUAGGGGAAUAAUUGUGUCUACACCACAUGUUCUUGGAGAAUACGCGGAAAAAAUAAUUGCGGCACUGACUAUAUAUAAUCUUCAAAACAGGUAUCCAGAUAUUGUAGACCCGUUAAUAGAGCAAACUUUAAGUCCAGAAUCGUAUGUAUCCGAUGAAUUAACAGCACGCGACAUAUUUUUUCGCGAAGUGAGCACGGUGCAUCGUUUUAUUCCUACUUUAGUGAGCAAUGCAUCUGAAGUAACUCAGUCUGAACGACCUGUUCAACAAGUAGGACAAUAUAUUAUGCAAGUGAAUGCUAUACUAUUAGGUAUACUACACGAAGUGAUAAAAUGUCGACAACAUAAUGCAGAACGAUUUAAUCCCACGAGAUGUUCAAAUGGUAUAACAGAGUACCUUCCAUGGACGGCGGCAGUUGGAAAACAUGGACUAAAAAAUUGUCUUAGUACAAUGUAUAAUUUAAGUCUUAAACAUGGUGUAACCGGAACCAAUGAUUCAACAGUGAGAAACGAAUUAUAUGAACAAUUAGUUAGUUACAUAGAUUUGAUAUUGGACGGUCGGAAGUGUCAUUUAGAAAGUGUCCGAGGUACACAAAAAUUCGAGAUACUUUUAAAACAAUAUGAAACGGAUCGUAUGAAUCUGAUUCAACCACUAAUAAAGGAAGAACAGUACGAUAGCGCAGCGAUGUUAGCUGAAAAGUACUGUGAUUUUGCGUCCCUUAUACAAAUAUGUGAAUUAACGAACAAUAAAAGUCGACUAGAUGGGUAUAUAGAAAAAUUCGCAGCUCAAGAUUUUGUAGGAUUUUUAUUUUCAUGGUACGUGAAAGAUGGCCGACAAGGACAAUUGGUAGAAAAAUGUAGACGUGGCGGUACUGUUGAAUUAGCAGAAAAAUUGGCAGAACAUCCUACCUUAUCAUGGGUGCAAUCUGCCCUGACGGACGAUUUACGCUUCGCUGCUAACACGCUUCACUCUUUGGCAAUUCAAGAAAGCGAUUUGGUGACACGUAAAAAGUCCAUGCUUUCCUUAGCAAAAUUGGCUCUUCUUGUCUCAGACGAUCCGGAAGAGGAAGUGAGAGAUUGUGUAAAAAAGAUUGACAACGAAUUGGCGCUGAUAGCUCAUCAAGAAGACUUGCCAACUCAAGUACUUACGACGUAUGGUUACGAUGUAGAAAAAUUACGAGUAUUUACGCCAACAGAAUUAAUUACGUUGUACACAUCUGAGGAUAACGUUGAUGCAAACGAGUACGAUUUUAAAAAAGCUCUUGAUUUGCUCGAAUAUGUGGAACAAGAAGAUGAAAAAGUGUCUUUAAAAUUACGAAUUUGGGCACGAGCUGCUAAACGUGAUCAAUGGGACACAAUAGGGAAGAAUCCCGAGCAACAAGUACAGGAAACGAUAUUUUUUAAGUUAAUGGAUCUUGCACAUUUUAUGGGGGGUGAGGUAAAUGAAUUUCUUCCAUCAGUUGAAAUGCUUUUGGUAGAACCUGAACUAGGAAGUCUUGCUGCAUCGAGUAACUUUCAAUUCCUGAUAAAAUUUGUAUAUGAGUACGCAUAA